AUGGCUAUAGACGGAUCUGGUGCGGCUACCUCAGAUCCAUCUGGUAUCACUGUGAUCAUUGUCGGCCUCGGGCCCACUGGGCUGGCUGCUGCUAUCGAAUGCCACCGCAGGGGCCAUAAGGUGAUAUGUUUCGAGAAAAAUCCCAAAAGCUACCGCUUGGGAGACUUGAUCAGUGUGACUGGAAAUGCCGUUCGAGUACUGCAGGAAUGGGGCAACGGCUCUGUAAUUAAAGAGUUGCAGGCCUUCCAGUGCAACCUGGACACCCUCGAAGUCUACGAUGAGACUGGCGACCUGAAGCUCUCCGCACCGUAUAAUGCAACCCAAGCGAAAGACCAGUACAUGAUGCGGCGGUCAAGGCUCCUCGACAUCUUUCUGCAGCAUUUGAAGAGCCUUGGCGUCGAAAUUCACUUGGGCAUCCAGGUCGCCGACUAUUGGGAGACGGAGAGUAGCGCUGGGGUUACCGUUGGCGACGAGAAGAUUGCUGGUGAUUGUGUCGUUGUUGCGGACGGCGUGCACAGUAAAGGCAGGCCGCAGGUCUCUGGAGAGCCCUUUGCCCUUCAGGCUACCGAUGGAAUUGCAUUCAGGGCAUUCUUCCAUGCCGGCGAAAUAUCGCAGGAUCCAGAAGCGUCGUGGCUCCUGCGGGACGCAGGCGAAAAGGACUGUUUCAAGACCUUUUACGGAAAAGGCCUUGUCAUGAUGGUCGGGACGGCGGAGAACCACGAAUACGUCUUCUGGAGUUGUGGCCACAAGGACAAUGUCAUGGCACAUCCUUCUUCCGUGGCCACGGUUCUCCAUCUCAUAAGGGACUGGCCUGUAUCGAAGAGGCUUGCUCCGCUCAUAUCCAAAACCCCAGGUGACAACUGCCUGAAUCAAACCCUAUACACAAGACCACCGUUAAAGAACUGGGUAUCGAGUAAUGGCAGGAUGAUAGUUCUGGGAGAUGCAGCUCAUCCUUUCCUUCCCCACGCCGGGCAGGGUGCAAAUCAAGGAAUUGAAGAUGCCGCUGUCCUGGCCCUGUGCCUUCAGAUCACCAGCAAGGACGACGUCCCCCUAGCGCUACGAGUGACAGAGAAACUAAGGUACCAAAGGGUUGCUGCAAUCCAACAACGGGGUGUUGAGGCCAGGGAUCAGUCAUUAAACGUUGACUGGGGCAAUGGUGGCUUUAGUAAGAAGCUCACUCUGUAUCCAGCUUGGCUCCAUGACCAUGACUGUAUUCAACAAGUUUAUGAGGAAUUCGACAAAGCUGCUGAUGCUGUUACCAAGGGCCAUAAACAUACCUUUGGAGGUAUACCGGUUGGUUGA